AUGCGCGUUAGCGCAACGGCUUUCGCGCUAGUUGCUCAAUCCGUUGCUUGUUCAGUGAAGGAAAAGAGCCAACAAACGAAGCGAAGUGAAGUCAUAGAAGCGAAGCAAGCCCACACUGGCUUUUCAUUCUGUUUUAUAGAGGUUACAUCAAAAUUCAUGUAUAAAGAACGAGUAAGGGACGGGGAGAGGGAUGCUCUCGAAACCAAACUCCGAAAGAACGCGGGAAUUAGCACCAUGAAUAUGAGUGCUUUUGUCUCGAAGAGACAACAAAGAAAACAAAGUCAAUUACACCAAACCGUCGACUUCACUUCGCCAAUACUUCUGACUGAACUUCGAAAAGUUCGUUGGGUUGGUUGGUCCGGAAAGUCAUGGGAGAGGCGGGCUAACUUAGCUUACAGCACAGCAUGUUCGCCACCACACUGGCUGGUGCAUUGGCCUUACUGUAAUAAGAAUAAGUCCGAGAGGUAUGACUCUUCGAUUAGAACGCUCCUGAAGAGAAGAAGAGAAGGGCUUUGUAUAGACACUGAAGAGCCAUGUUCUAAGCCCGGCGGCUUACCAUUAUUUCAUUUCGUUCUAUUGAUUGGUUCUAGCUCCAAAGAACAUAUACAUGGAGCUAUGUAUACCACGCCACGUAUCAUCCCCUCUUUCCAUAGAGGAAAGAUAAAGAAAAAGAAAAGAUAUAGUGAUCGUGCCUUUAUGACUUCACUUCGCUUCGCUUCGUUCUUAUGGGUCGAUGUAAUUGAGAUAGCUCAACUCCCUAUCUGGUCAACCGAAAGAAGACAGAAGGAAUAUGACUCCAUAGGGCUUACUCCCUCACUCCUUACUUGCUCAUACCGUUGGGAAGGCGUGUCAUCCGUAACCGAUUGUUCAUUCCUUAGGAGGUUAGACAGCUUGACUGUACCUGCUAUUCCUUCUGCCUUGGAGAGGAAGGACUGCGCUUUAGUCCCAAUCAGUCAAUCAAACCAGAUCAAGAAAAAAAUAGUCGAGCAUAACUCCCAUUCAUCUAAGAGAGGACAGUGGCUUCAAAUGGUAUGGCUUACAGUCCGAUCUAAACGUUCUAACGAGAAGCUAUUCGGUCAUGACUUUCAGAAAGCGCCUCUGAUGGGUGGAAUCUUGGGUGGUAGUCCCCCUUUCGUCUUCUUCGUCUUUGGGAAAUCAGGGAACUACUCCCGGGUGGUAAGAAGAUGCCCCGGGUCCUAUAGUUCGGUAUUCUGCCGCUACUGGUCGAUCGAACCAAAAGAAAAAGCAGACAACCCAACUCACACCUAUUCAAAGAUGGGUAAUAAGGCUGCCAGUGUCUUUUUUUUAGAUAAGGAAGAAGCGAAGUCGGAGUUAGAUCACUAUCAGGACUUUCAGGCUGACUUAUUCCGCGCUAGAGUUCCUCUUUCAGGUGAGGAUGCAGGCCUUUUCACUUUACCUGGCAUGGUCUAA